AUGAAGCUUUUGGUUGUCAGCAAUCGCCUACCUCUGACAGUAAAGAAGAGCAAGGACGGUUUUGAGUACACAAAGACAAGCGGGGGGCUCGUAACCGGUCUGAGAGGCAUCAGCGAUAAGAUCAGGUUCAUGUGGUUAGGAAACAUAAGUGGUGUUGAGCUGGAUGAAGAGGAGAAGAAGGUGAUAAGAAAAGACUGCUGGGAAAAGUUCCAUUCGAUUCCUGUGUUCAUCGACCCUGUGCUCAACAGCAACUCCUACGACGGCUUCUGCAACGCCAUUCUGUGGCCAAUAAUCCAUUCGUUCAAGGACGAUGUUGCAUUCACCAUCAAGGACUACAAUGCAUAUGUCGAGUACAACACAAUCUUCUGCGAGGAGAUAUGCAAGAUUGUGGAGGACGGCGAUAUCGUCUGGGUCCACGACUACCACUUGAUGAUACUCCCUGAAAUGCUGAGGAAGAAGUCAGAUAAGAGCUUCAAGAUCAUGUUUUUCCUCCACGCCCAGUUUCCGCCGGCAGAGAUAAUGGAGACUCUUGCAUGCAGGAGAGAGAUAGUGAGCGGCAUGGCACACAGCGAUCUCAUUGCAUUCCACUCGUUUGACUACGCAAUCAACUUCGACGACACGUGCAGGGCAAACAAGGUAGAGGUAAGGUCGAAGCUGGAUGCAAUUCCAAUAGGAAUCGAUCCAGCGAUGUUCCGAAGCGCCCUUAAGGAAGAGAAGACGGUGGAAAGGAUCAAAGAGCUCCGGGAGAUGUUUAGAGGAAGAAAGAUUCUUCUGGGAGUGGACAGGACGGACUACAUAAAGGGGAUGCCACACCGUGUUAAGGGAUUCCAAAGGUUUCUCGAAAAGCAUCCUGAGUUUCUUGACAACGUGGUGUUCCUGCAGGUCGGCGUUCCCAGCAGAACAAGUGUCAAGGAGUACUCUUCGUACAUCACCAAGAUGAAUGAGCUUGUGUCAGAAACAAACAGCAAGUUCGGAUCCAUCGAGUCUGUGCACCUGUACUUCCUGAACAAGAGUGUGGACUUCAAUGAGCUGUGUGCCCUGUAUGCAGUAAGCGACAUGCUUCUUGUGACAUCUCUUCAGGAUGGAAUGAACCUUGUUGCUCUGGAGUACAUUUCAUGCCAGAACGAAAAUAACGGGGUGCUUCUGCUCAGUAGCAAUGCAGGGGCGUCCACGACAUUGCCUGCUGCAGUGGAAGUGAAUUCGUGGAACACUGAAGAGAUUGCAGACGGGAUCCACAGGGCAAUCACGAUGUCUCUAGAAGAGAGAACCGAAAGACAUGAGAUCAACAGGAAGGCUGUUGAUACCUUCACGUCUGUGGAAUGGGCAGAGAAGAACCUCGACGGGCUCUGCGACGAUUGGAGGGAAUCACUGAUGCUCUAA